AGUCGGACCCCCAGGAGCCUCAGUACAGGAAAACCCUUCCCCUCUCCUGAUCCCUAGCUCCUCCCCUUUGACCUCCUGCUUCAAAGCUUCAUUGAACAAUACUGGUCUGCUGGAAUAUCUGAGCAUGUUGAGUUUUCUCAUGCUGUUCUCAACAACUGCAAUGUCCGUGUUGAUUGAUCCACACUCGUGCCUGAGUAGUUAGUUAAGCUCCAGUGCCGGAGGUGGGUCAAGUAUUUCAGACACGCGGAGUUAUAGCAGUAGUUAUGGUAAUACCAACAGUCACUGAUUGUGGACUUCACAAUGAAUAGUACGAAGAAUUAAAAGUUGGAUAACUUGUUCCAUGCUUUGUUGGACUAACAGAGCAACAUCGAAUAAUGGUAGAAAAUCUAGAAACAGUUAAAGAGUUAUAGAUCGAAGCAUAAGCUUUCCACGGGGUCUACUUCUGAUUUCAAUAGUAGUAGCAUUAUGGACCAUCCUGAAUUUUCCACUUAUGCAUCCAAAAUGUUCAAAGUGAACGUGCUUUUUACGCAAUUGCUGACAAAAAAAACUUUGUUAUGAACACUCAUAGCACGAUGAAUACAUCAGGUGUGGUUCAGGCGCAAAUUCUUCCCAACAACAUUAACGCGGUGCCUAAGGUGUACCCAUCAUGGUUUGUUAUGAGCACUUCACACUCCAAGACAAAACAGCCUCGCAUUGAAUAGACACUUGAUAAAGCGUAGAAAAAUGACAGAAGUUUUGUUGUGUGGUCCAGUAUGCCUUUUGACUCAACCCAACAUUAGGUAGAACUCAAACUCAGCCCUUAGCAAUCACAGCGAGGCCAGCAUGGCAUCUCACCUUCUUGACCCUCAGCAAAUAUUAUUAGCCAACAAUACAAACAUCGUUAAAGUAAAUGUCAAUGGAAAUCGGCGGCGCCCCUUUCUUUAACAAAUACUACAACUCGCUCAAGAAAUUAAGUACGAAGACGUAUUGCAGCAGCCCACACACCACAUCUUCUCCAAUGUUGGCUACAUCAACACUUCGAACAGCAGAGCCUUGAAGAGCACCAUCAUCGAUAUUGAUUUGGCGCAGCAACAGCACCAGUCCAGCCCGCAUGAGCCUCAGUCAAGGACGAACCUUCCCCUCCACCUGACCCUAGCAGCCUCAGUCCACGACGACCCUUCCACUCGACCUGACCCUAGCGCCUCCACCUUGACCUACGGCCUCAAAAGAUCACAUUAUUAUCCAAGAAGAAGAACAUUGUUGAAGUAAAUGUUGAAAACAGUCCAAACCCCCUUCUCGCACAAAUACUACAAGUCGCUCGAGACAUUCAGCACGCCACCUAUGAACAUCUCGCACAAAAACUACAAGUCGCUCAAGAAAUUCAGCACGCCACCUAUGAACAUCUCGCACAAAUACUACAAGUCGCUCAAGAAAUUCAGCAUGCCACCUAUGAACAUCUCCCACAAAUACUACAAGUCGUUCAAGAAAUUCAGCACGCCACCUAUGAACAUCUCCCACAAAUACUAUAAGUCGCUCAAGAAAUUCAGCAUGCCACCUAUGAACAUCUCCCACAAAUACUAUAAGUCGCUCAAGAAAUUCAGCACGCCACCUAUGAACAUCUCGCACAAAUACUACAAGUCGCUCAAGAAAUUCAGCACGCCACCUAUGAAAAUCUCCCACAAAUACUACAAGUCGCUCAAGAAAUUCAGCACGCCACCUAUGAACAUCUCCCAAUACUACAAGUCGCUCAAGAAAUUCAGCAUGCCACCUAUGACCAUCUCGCACAAAUACUACAUGUCGGUCAAGAAAUUCUGCACGCCACCUAUGAACAUCUCGCACAAAAUACUACAAGUCGCUCAAGAAAUUCAGCACGCCACCUAUGAAAAUCUCCCACAAAUACCACAAGUCGUUCAAGAAAUUCAGCACGCCACGUAUGAACAUCUCCCACAAAUACUACAAGUCGUUCAAGAAUUUCAGCACGCCACCUAUGAACAUCUCACAAAUACUACAAGUCACUCAAGAAAUUCAGCACGCCACCUAUGAACAUCUCCCACAAAUAAUACAAGUUGUUCAAGAAAUUCAGCACGCCACGUAUGAUCAUCCCCUUGAAAUACUACAAGUCUUCAACAAAUUCAGCACGUCACCUAUGAACAUCUCACAAAUACUACAAGUCGCUCAAGAAAAUCAGCACUCCAGGUAUUAACAUCUUGCACAAAUACUACAAGUCGCUCAAGCAAUUCAGCGUGUCACCUAUGAACAUCUUGCAUGGUGGCUUGGUGAGUCUGACUUCUGUCUUGACAAGUCACUCAAGAUAAAAUAAUCGAAUCUAACAGACAGAGCAGGUGCUGAGUGACUCGUCUGUUAACUUGACUGACCUCGAUACGUUGCUCUCAAAUAAUGAGAACCUGACGCACGAGGAACAGUGCUGUCCAACAUUCCCAGUUUUUGGUUGGCGACUUCACUGUCGUGACUCACACAAUCACUGCCUAUAGCCCUGCUGCAGCAGAAGCAGCAACAAAAACAGGUUUUCAGUAUACAGAUAUGCAACUGGAGUGAUGAUAUGCCCUGAAGAUAUUUAUUAAUUAUACCCCCUGUUAAUU